UCACAUGUCAUCGAGCGAACACUUCUAGUUCCUCUGACCAUAUCGAUAGUACCCGACAAUCUCUUCUUUUGGUGGGGUAUCAUAGCUCUUCCAAGUACUUCAUACGUCAAACUCCUGCAGAAGGCUCGAAUAUGGAAGUUCUGGUGCAGCAAAAUCACUUUAUCACAUGGUCUAACCGCAGAUCAUGCAUCCCGCUUCGAAAACCUCUUCACUACCGGUUGAACCCAGGAGGGCAGCAUCGGUGUGUUCAUAUAUCAUGCGGCACGCCAGAAUGGCGCCUCUCCCAACCCCCUGGGGAAGGUACUCCUGCCUCAGCACAGGAGCCACUGCAGGGAUCACAGCCACGAAUAGUGCCAGAUCAGACAGCUUCAGCAGAUGAAGCACAGUCAGUGGGCAUUGGUGGCCGCAUAAAACGGUUCUUCCUGGGAGACAGAUUCGACAAAGAGCGCAUCAAAGCGCUUGGGCUUGGAGCGGUAGCUUCCUAUGGCUUUGUCAGCAAUCUGACAUAUGGCACCGGCCUGGCAGUGGCUUGGAUAGCCUUUGUGCGGCAGGUGGGCAAGUCACCGCUCAUGGCCGGCCAAUGGAAAGCCUUCCUGGCCUUCUAUGCAGGUUUCUGGACGAUUCAGAACUUUGUGCGACCCCUGCGAUUUUCUGUGGCGCUGGCAAUGGCGCCGCUGUUUGAAAAGGGGAUCAGUGCCAUCAGCAGAGCCACAGGCUUCUCGAGGAGAAAUGCCUUUGGGGUGUACCUGUUCAUUCUUGGCAGCGUCACCUCGAUCCUGGUCUUUGGCAGCAUUUUUGUCUUUGCUGGGACCCUCGCAUAUGCACGAGUAUAA